AUGGUGGCCCCACAGCCCUGCGCGCCGCUUGCCUUUGGUGGCCCUGCUUUCACCCACCAUGACUCUGAACAUUGCUUCUUUUGCGACUCUCGGGACCGGGGUGGCCAUGGCAUUGAGAAUGUGAUAUCCCGGAGUGGUCACCGUGGCAACCAGACCUGGUGGCAAGCUGAGAGUGGUAUUGAGAACGUCACCAUCCAGCUAGACCUAGAGGGCACGUUCUACUUCACCCACCUCACCAUGACCUUCAAGACAUUCCGCCCAGCAGCGCUGACCCUCGAGCGUUCGGUGGACCAUGGCCGCUCCUGGCGUGUGUACCGGUACUUUGCCCACAACUGCUCAGGCCUCUUCCCUGGCGUCGCUCGGGCCCCGGGCCACAGUGCCAGCGAUCUCGUGUGUGACCAGCGUUACUCAGACAUUGAGCCUUCCACCGAGGGCAAGGUCAUUUUCCAAGUUCUGGACCCAGCCCUUCUGGUGGAGAACCCACACAACCCCGAGAUUCAGGAGCUCCUGCAUGUGACUAACCUCCGUGUGAACUUCUCCAAACUGCACACCCUGGGUGACAGGCCCCCGGGGGGCCUCAGGGGACACCCCUUCUACUAUUAUGCCCUCUACGAGCUCGUGGCUGAAGGCAGCUGCCUGUGCCACGGCCAUGCCUCUGAGUGCAGACCUGCACCCGGGGCCCCCGCCAGUGCGGAAGGCAUGGUGCAUGGCCUUUGUGUCUGCCGCCAUCACACAGCUGGUACCCACUGUGAGCGCUGCCAGGACCUGUACCAGGACCAUCCAUGGCAUGCAGCAGAGCCUGGGCACCCCCACGCCUGCCGGGAAUGCGAGUGCCAUGGGCAUGCCCGCAGCUGCCACUUUGACAUGGCCCUGUACCUGGCAUCUGGCAAUGUGAGUGGAGGCGUGUGUGAUGCGUGUCAGCACAACACAGCUGGUACCCACUGCGAGCUCUGCCAGCCCUUCUUCCACCGAGACCCUCGGGCAGACCCCCGCUCCUUUCACUCCUGCAAACCCUGCGACUGUGACCCUGUGGGCACCCUGGAAGGCGGCUUGUGUGACGCCCACACCGACGAGACCCGCGGCCUUCUCUCUGGGCAGUGUCGCUGCAAAGCCAACGUCUGGGGCCGGCGCUGUGACUCCUGCCGGCCCGGGCACUAUGGCCUGAGCCUUCCCCUGUCAGAGGGCUGCCAGCCCUGCAGGUGCGACCCCCGGGGCCGGGGCCCUGGCGCGCAGGUCUGCGACCCCUCCAGCGGGGCCUGCCGCUGCAAGCGCUUUGUCUCGGGACGGGACUGCAGCCGUUGUCUGCCCGAGUUCUGGGGUCUGAGCAGUGACUCUCUAGGCUGCAGGCCCUGUGACUGUGAUUUUGGGGGUGCCUACAGCAACAGGUGUUCUGCCCGGGAGGGCCUCUGCCUGUGCCGUCCCCAUCUCCGCGGCCGCCGCUGCCAGGAACCCCAGUCUGGGUACUUCUGCGCUGCCCUCGACCAGGCCGUCACUGAAGCUGAGCUCGGCCAGGGCCUCCAGCCAGCUGACCCUCAGCUGCCUGAGCCCAGGGCCCUGCACCUGGGAGCUGGCCCCCCACUGUGGCCUGGCUCAGGCUUCGCACGCGUGGUCGAUGGGGCCGGCCUCUCUCUGCUGGCUCCCGCCGUGCCUCGUGCCCUGGAGUAUGACAUUGUCCUGCGCUAUGAGGUCCAGGCACCUGAAGACUGGCAGGCGUUAGUCAGGGUCCGCGCCCAGUCUCUGCCCAGCAGCACUCGCUGUGCCCACCCGCUGCCCCCAGAGCAGCUGUUCCAGGCCGCCUUGACCCAUGCACACAGAGCUGUGGUUCUGUCUAGACCUUUCUGCUUUGAGCCGGGCACACGCUACUCCGUGACCCUGCGGCUGUGGCGGACCAAAGGGGUGCGAAGGCCUGAGGAGGGCAUCAUCCUUCUGGAUUCGAUUGUGCUCCUGCCCCGGGUGAGGGAGCUGCCUGGGCUGCGAUUGGUGGACCCCGGGGCCGCAGGGCGCCUGCAGGAGCUCCAGGCCACCGGCUGCCUAGAGGCCGCGAGGACGGGCCGCUCCAGCUCCAUGCCUGCCGCCUGUGCCCGCCUGGCGUGCAGCAUCUCGGCCCUGCUCCACGGGGGCGGCCUCGCAUGUGAGUGCCACCCCCAGGGCUCACUGAGUGCCGAGUGUGCCCUGCUGGGCGGACAGUGCCCCUGCCGUGCUAACGUCACAGGCCGGACCUGUGACCGCUGUGUGCCUGGAACAUACGGCCUGGGCCCCGGCGGCUGCAGAGAGUGCGGCUGCCACUCCGAGGGCGCCACCAGCGCCGCCUGUGACCUGAUGAGCGGGCAGUGCCCCUGCCGGGCCGGCCUGGCUGGUCGCCGCUGUGACCGCUGCCUCCAGGGCCACUGGGGCUUCCCGCGCUGCCAGCCCUGUGCCUGCAAUGGGCACGCUGAGGCGUGCCACCCGCUUACCGGCGCCUGCCAGGCCUGCCUCGGAGCCACGGCAGGCUGGCACUGUGAGAGGUGCCUGGACGGCUACUAUGGAGACCCCGCCCUGGGCUCAGGCCAGCGGUGCCGGCCCUGCCGCUGUCCCGGGCGCCCCGGCUCCGGCUUCUAUCACGGGACGUCCUGCCACGUGGCCAGCACGAGUGGGCGAGUCCUGUGCCUCUGCGGGCCUGGCUAUGCAGGGCCCCGCUGUGACCGCUGCGCCUCUGGCUACUUUGGGCGCCCGUGGCCGGGGGAGGAGCCCGGGAGGAGCCCGUGCCGGCCCUGCCAGUGCAACAACAACAUCGACCCCCGCGAUCCUGCCGCCUGCGACCCGCGCACUGGGCGCUGCCAGCGAUGCCUGCACCACAGCCACGGCCCCGGCUGUGCCCACUGCCGGCCCGGCUUCCACGGCAGUGCCCUGCGCCCCGGGGGCUGCCGGCGCUGCAGCUGUGACCCCCGGGGCACCGUCCCUGCGAGGUGCCCACCUGGGGCCGAGGCCUGCUUCUGCGACCCGGUCAGCGGGCAGUGCCCCUGCCGCCCCCACACUCUGGGGCGGGACUGUAGCCGCUGUGCCCCCCUCUUCUGGAACCUGGGGGGCCCUCGGGGCUGUGAGCCCUGCAGCUGCCAUGCCCAGCACACUCUGCAGCCGGUGUGCCACCCAGUCACGGGUCAGUGCCCCUGCCGGCCAGGAUUUGGGGGCCGCACAUGCUCCCGGUGUGAGGAUGGGUCCUGGGGUGACCCCGAGCAGAAGUGCAGAGCCUGUGCCUGCGACCCACAGGGCUCCCUCUCGCCCAGCUGCGACCCCCACACAGGUGCCUGCCACUGCAGAGAGGGCAUCGCCGGGCCGAGCUGCCAGGCAUGUGCCCGUGGCUCCCGAGGUGCCUUCCCACACUGCUUGCCCUGCCCUCCCUGUUUCACCUCCUGGGACCAGCGCCUGGCUCUGCUCCGCCUGCGGCUGGAGGCUGUGGCCCAGGAGGCGGCUGCCCUUUGCCAGGGGACGCCUGGCUGGGGUGCUAGGGGCCCGGGCGGACCCCAGCAGGCCCUAGAGGGGGUACUCCAUCAGGCACAGACACUCCUGGAAUCUCCUUUACCCACGGCGGGGGCCCUGCGGCAGCUGACAGAGCGCAUAGCUGGACUCAGGACAGAAAUGACUGCACUGGCCCAGACGCUGUGGGCCCCGGGACAAGCUGUGGCCACAAGUGAGCCAUGGCUGAGGAGGCAGUGUGAGCGGCUGGAAGAGCUGUCCCGGGAGCUGGACUGUGUCAAGGGCUUGGCCUGGCCUAGGAGGGCCCCAGGAGUCCCAGAGGCUGAGGCCCAGGCCUCCUCUGCUGCCCUGCUUUCCCAGGAGGCCAUGCGUGGGGCCCAGGUCGUGGCCACACUUGGAGGACCAGACAGCCUCCUGGGACAGGCCCGAGAGGCCCGGCGGUGGACAGAGCGGCUUCUGCGCGGGACGGGCCAGCCUAGGGGCACCGCUGUGUGGGAGCUGGAACUGAAGGGGCUGGUCGACAAGGUCCAGAGGCUGCACCCACAGCUUCUGAGACUCCUGGUCACAGCUGGAGUGGCAUGCAGGGGCCCGGGCCCUGGGCUGGCCUGUGCCCCUGUGCCCUGCGCCGCGCCCCCGUGCCCGGGGACUCUGCCCACCGCCGGGUGGGCUCUGGGCAUCUCCCGCAACACCUCCUCCAGCCUGCACCGCGCAGCCGCAGCCGUGGAGCAGCAUCGGCAGCUGCUGCAGCACAUCCGGGCCACAGCAAGCUCCAUGGGAGUCCAGGCCCGGGAGACGUGGCAUCGUGCAAGGGGUGUCUGGGCUGAGGCCACCCUGGCCCCUGUGCAAGCAACUGUGCAUGCGACCCAGCGUUUCCUCCUGGAUGAAGGCGCGGAUGCUGCGAGUGUGGAGCUGGCGGCACGGCGAGGGCUGGCGGUGCCCCGCCCCCAGGGUGGGGCAGCGGGCAUCGCCCUCCUGCUGGCUCAGGUCCAGAGGGCCCUCCCUGCCCCGGGCGCUGGAGGGCAGGAGCUGCCCGAGGCUGACCGUGUCCUGCACCGGGCCCAGCAGAGCAGGGGCGGUACAGCCCGGGCCCAGGGCCGAGCGCUGCACGUCCAGGGGGUGCUGGCUGAGGCGGGAGCUCACACCAGGGCUGCGGAGCAAGGGCUGCAGGUGGCCAGACAGACACUUGGAGGCCUGGAGGCCAGUGUACAGGAGGUGGCAGGGCGCCUGGCCCAGAUGACACUGGCAUCAGGUGUGACCCCGGACCUGGGGCUUCUGUCCAGUGCAGCAGUGGCUCUCAGGACCCGAGUGGCCCUGUGCCAGCGGCAGGCCCAGGAGGCAGAAGAGCGGGCAGCGCAUGCCCUGGGCUUGGCUGGGGGCCUGGGCAAGGAGCUGCAGGUGGCCCGGGCAGGUGUGGUGGAGCUGCAGGAGGGCACGCACAGCCUGAUGGCCGCAGUGCGGGACGCAGGGGAGAGGGUGCAGCGGACACGAGCUGAGGCCCAGGAGCUGCUGAAGUGGGUGCGGGACCGCUGGAGCCGCCUGGAGGGGCUGGAGCGCCGCCUGGUGCAGAAUGAGCAGACCCUGGGCAAGAAGGUGGCCAAGAUGCGGGCCCUGGAGCAGCGGGCAGCAGCGCUGCUGAAGCACCUGCAGCUGCGGGCCGCCGCCUACGCCACCUGCUGACCCUCUGUGGGCACCAAGAAGAGGGGCUCUGGGCCUGCCUGGGUGACUCAGGACCCAGGCAUCUCCUGACCUUAAGGGACUGCAGACACCACUGGGUGACCCUCAUGUGACACCCUGUGUCCUCCAGCGGCCCUCUGCCCCGGAGAAAGCUGGGAGAUCAUGUGAAAUCCCCGAGGCCAUCGAGGCCCCUGACCCUGACAGAUCCUCGUUUCCGAGGGAUGGAAAAUUCGCAGUCACCUUAGUAUCCCAGCCCCCAGGUUGACUCGGGGCCUGCAGGGAGAUGGGAGACCCCUGCUCCAGAUUGACUGGCCUCCUUGGAAAGCCUGGGGGUCCCCCUGGAGAACCCCAGCUUUCUUUCCUGGGUCCCCAGCUCCGGGUGUUUUCCCCGGCCUCUGCCCCCCCUCCCCCCCCAA